GACUGCAUAUUACUUCGCGAUGUGUUUCGUGACCAUUCCUGCUUUAAUCUACCUUGCGAUGACGCCGAUGUGGACACGAGCUAUAAAAUUCGCGAACCCAUAUGCUUUCGUGGUUCUAGAUGCUUUGUUAAUGGUCCUCUGGUUUGCAGCCGCGAUUGCCGUGGGAACAUGGAACACCGCAGGCAUCAAGAAAGGCGUAGAUGAUAAUAAGGAGAAGGACGAUAAGGACAAGAAGGACUCGAAGAUGGGCUGUGCCGCCUUCGCGUUUGGGGAACCUGUCGCCUGUAACGUAAGCAAGGCUGCUGUUGGCUUCGGUGUCGUGAUAUUCCUUAUGUUCAUCCUCACCACCGCCAUUUCCGUCCAGAUCAUAAUCAAGUACCGCCAAACUGGCGACCUCCAAACCGCUAUGGGAACCCAACCCGGCAACCCAGCCUCCCAAUCCAUCGAAGCGCAGACCACCGACGCCUGGUCCUCCGAUACUCACGAUCUACGCGGCGACACUCCCGGGUACCACCGCGACGGCUCAUUCUCCGACGACGGAACGCGGACGGAGCGCGGCGGAGGCCAGGAGGAGGACGAAUAUCAGCUGUUGCAUGCCACGGAGACGGACGACGGCCCGCAUCCGGGGCAGUAUCGGAAUUGGGGGAAUCCGCAGGACAAGACGGGAGCGUCUGCGCAGCCUGCGCCGCCGUAUGAUGAUACGGAGUAUAGCAACCCGAGCGCGCUGAGUCCUGGGGGUUAUGAAGGGACGUAUGGAGGGGGAGGGAGCUAUGAUGAAUAUAGGGGACAGGCGAGGAAUUACAAUUUCUCGGGUGAAAGAUGAAGCGGGACGGUCAUCUUUGUAGUUUCCAUGGCUUAGAGGGAAUAUAUUGGGAUAUGGUACGGCGUUUUGGAUUUGAAUCACAUUAGUGGCUUGUGUCUAAGAAUAUGUCUAAUACCCAGUGUGCUCAAUACAUUGAUUGAGUACUCUUUGUAGUCGCAUUUAACCUUGCGUUCAAAUCUAUAAACAUGUUCACGCCUCCUGGGGUAUCUCGCAUUACAAUUGUAUUUCUGCACCAGUCUAGAAAUUCGCCGCGUAGAACUGGGGAAGGUAGAACUUUGUGUUCUCAUACACCAGGAAAGUCACACACGUCGAAGGAAGAACGCGGAUGAUGUUGGGUGCUAACCUGUGACAA